AUGGCUUUGCGUUUUCUUCUUCUGCUUUUUGCUCUUUCUCUUGUUGCUGCUGAUGAUGAACCUUUUGUUGGAGUGAAUAUAGGAACUGACCUUUCAGAUAUGCCACACCCUACUCAAGUAGUCGCGCUACUCAAAGCACAACAAAUUCGGCACGUUCGAUUGUAUGAUGCUGACCAAGCUAUGCUCAUUGCACUUGCUAAAACAGGCAUUCAAGUUGUCAUAACUGUCCCUAAUGAAGAACUCUUGGCAAUUGGUCAAUCGAAUGCUUCGGCUGCCAAUUGGGUUUCUCGUAAUGUGGUAGCACAUUAUCCGGCUACAAAUAUUACCGCCAUUUGUGUUGGUUCUGAGGUUUUGACUGCCCUGCCUAAUGUGGCGAAAGUUCUUGUCAAUGCAAUUAAGUACAUUCAUUCAGCCCUCGUUGCGUCGAAUCUUGAUCGCCAAGUUAAAGUCUCGACGCCACUUUCCUCGUCCAUCAUCCUUGAUUCAUUUCCACCUUCACAGGCUUUCUUUAACCGAUCGCUGAAUUCAGUUUUAGUCCCGAUACUUGAUUUUUUGCAGUCCACCGACUCUUAUCUUAUGCUCAACAUUUACCCUUACUACGAUUACAUGCAAUCAAAUGGUGUGAUCCCGUUAGAUUAUGCACUCUUCAAGCCUCUGCCUCCAAACAAAGAAGCCGUUGAUUCUAAUACUCUUCUACAUUACUCCAAUGUCUUUGAUGCCAUGGUUGACGCAGCAUACUUUGCAAUGGCUUUUCUAAACUACACCAACAUUCCCGUAGUGGUAACAGAAUCAGGGUGGCCUUCAAAAGGAGGAUCGAACGAGCCCGACGCAACAAUAGACAAUGCCAAUAAUUACAACAGCAAUUUGAUCAAGCAUGUAUUUAACAAAACCGGAACUCCAAAACAUCCGGGAGUUGCUGUUAGUACUUACAUCUACGAACUAUACAACGAGGAUACAAAAUCUGGGCCAUUGUCGGAGAAAAACUGGGGAUUAUUUGAUUCAAACGGUGUGCCAAUUUACAUUUUACACUUGACUGGAUCAGGAGCAGUGUUGGCGAAUGAUACAAGUAAUCAAACUUUCUGUGUUGCAAAAGACGGAGCCGAUCCAAAGAUGAUACAGGCUGCAUUAGAUUGGGCGUGUGGACCUGGAAAAGUUGAAUGCUCUCUGUUGCUGCAAGGACAACCAUGCUAUGAACCUGACAAUGUGAUAGCACAUGCUAAUUAUGCUUUUGACAGUUACUAUAAUAAAAUGGGAAAAACUCCGGAUUCAUGCGACUUCAAGGGAGUUGCUACAAUCACCACCUCAGAUCCAAGUCAUGGCUCUUGUGUAUAUCCUGGAAGUCUUGGCAACAAAAAUAGCACCUUUGGCAACUUCACAGCACCAUCAAUGAAUUCAAGUUCAGAUUCUUCAGCCUAUAGCAUCCAUGGCUUUGAAUUGAGAAUUAGAAGCCUUGUAAUGGUGACAGGAUUUCUAGUACUGGGAGUGGUUUUGCUGUAG